UUAGUGUUUAUGUAAUAUUGAAGUGAUGUUUGUUGUGAUAACACGUGAAGAGUGACUCCAACUCAUAAACCAUUGAUUAUCUGUUUAUUUAUUUAUUUAGAUUUUUUCGGUAAUCACUUCUCAAAAAAGUCACUUAUUUUGACCACAAAUAACUGUUUUAUGUGGAUAUCGACUGACAUCCACUGUCGCCAACACAACCAACACGUCUGAAGCCAUGGAUGUCAAUGAAGAUUACAAGUCAAGUGUCUUGAGGUUAUUGUCGACAACGACAAGUGAUUUAAAGUCAUUAAUGUCGUAUGAUUUCCGAUUGUCACUGUUUGCCAGUUCACUCAACAGCUACCGAUGCGAUUCAAUACUUAAGCCGUUUCCUAAUCAUUAUAUCAGUGAAGACAAUGAGAAACAAUUUGAUUUAGUGAAAAGAGAUUUGAAUUCAAUUCCGUCUUUAGUUGAGUUGCAGAGCGGAUACCAGAUGUCAGAUAAUUGCUGGCGACUUCUUCAUUGGGUUAUGACUUGUGGACAGUUUAAACUUGUUGUCCGAUCAGUAAAUUCACCCGAUUUACCACAAGAAUUAACAACUUUGAUGAAUGCCAAUCAAUUGGCACUGAAAUUCAAGCCAUCACUUGUAUUUGAAGUUAUCUCACAACCGAAGCGAUCGUUUGUUGAGUCCCGACAACGUUACGGAACUUUUUGUGCAUUUCAUGGGUCGUCGACCGAAAAUUUUCAUUCAAUAUUAAACAAUGGUCUCAUUAAUUGUCUUAAUAAAAGAGACCUUUACGGGUCGGGAACAUACAUAACAUCCCGUAUAAGUGUUGCCAUUCAAUUCUGUCCAUUUGUUUUCGGGUGGAAUAAGUCAUCGCUCGGUAAAGAACUUAGUUGUUUGGCUGUUUGUCAAGUGAUCAAACAUCCCGACCUAAUGUCACAAAGUUCAAAUGGUGUACCAAAUGAUUAUUAUGUUAUACAAAAUGAUGAUUUGCUUCAUGUGUCCCAUGUUUUGGUUUAUUGUAAAAAUCGCAUAAAAAAUAAUUUACACCAAAAUGUCAUUACUUCAAUGAUUUCCAAACAUACUUCUACAGUGUUAAGUUCAAGUAAUAGUAAUCCUACGCCAAAAAACACCGGUUCUUCGAGUGGUACUUCCAAUUGCACGCCGUAUAGGAAUAAUGAAGUUCGCAGUGUUUUGCUCUAUGGAGUGCCUAUUAUUGCAUUAGUCAUGGAUUCACAAGAAAGGCUAUGUUUGGCACAGAUUUCAAAUACAUUAUUAAAAAACUUUAGUUAUAAUGAAAUUCACAACAGACGUGUGGCACUGGGAAUAACAUGUGUACAGUGCACUCCCGUACAGUUAGAGCUGCUUAGAAGAGCCGGUGCAAUGCCAGUGUCGUCCCGAAGAUGCGGAAUGAUUACCAAACGAGAGGCCGAGAGAUUAUGCAAAUCAUUUUUGGCUGAAACAGCACCGCCUAAAUUGCCCGACACUUUCGCUUUUGAUAUCUAUCAUCAGUGCGCAUGGGGCUGUAGAGGAGAGUUUACCCCUUCGCGAUACAACAGUUCGCGUGCCAAAUGUAUAAAAUGUGUUUAUUGUGGACUCUUUUUUUCGCCAAACAAAUUCAUUUUCCAUUCGCACCGUUUGCCUGACUCCAAGUACAUACAGCCCGACGCCGCCAACUUUAAUAGUUGGAGACGACAUAUUAAACUUAUAUUAAGUCCUGAGCCUCCCGAUGAAGUAGCAUUUGCGUGGGAAGACGUGAAGGCAAUGUUCAAUGGGGGAAGUCGUAAGCGUGCGAUGGCUGCCGGUCUAAGCUGUAGUAGUUCUCGAAACGUCAACUCCUCUCAGGAUUAUUUAAAAAGACAAACCAUUAGUUCUUCAUCGCCUGAAAGUAAUCACUCUCUGACACCAAAUACAACAAUGAGUGAUAGUUUGUCUCCAAAGAGCACCACAAAUGUCGGACCGACUUAUUUUCCGUUAAUAUCUUUACCAAAUAAAUCCUAUUCAAUGCCAUCAACGGCUCAAUUCAAUGCUAACCCAUCGAUACAAUCGCCACCAAUAAAAUCUCUGUCGACAAGUAAUUCAACAGAUUUCAGACAAAGCUUUGCUGAGUUCAUGUGGAUCGGCUCAGGAAAGUCACCAGCACUUCAUAUACCAUACAGUUGUCUUUUAUGGCCGCGACCACCUACUGGUGCACUGGAGUUUGGAGCUCAUGAAGUCAGCAGAAAUAAACUGUUUGGUGGUAACGAUACAAACUCUUUCAUGUUUUCGCAACAACAUAGAGAUCAUCUUUGGUCUCAAGAAAGUCUUCAUGAAAGUAGAGACACUAAUAAUAACACUACGGCAUCACAAGCCAGUCAUUCGUCAGCAUUUAAACCGGUUGUAUCUAAGAAUAUUAUUGGUAAUGUUUCGCCAGUUGGUCGUCAUAUAGAUGGUGUAGUCAAGAGUCCCGAUACUAAUAACUUUUCACCGCAACCGUCACAAUCAAACAGUGAUCCGGAUGUCGAUAUUGUCGGCGAAGACUGCGAUGACUCACAGCAAAUGAUGUCACAGAAAGAGGAAAAUCAUGUCAUAAAUUGCGAUAUUAAUGACAGACAAAACAUUGUUGUCAACAGAAAGAGUAAGAGCUAUCAUAUAUCAGACAAUGAAGUGAACGGAAGUGAUAGGAAAAGGACUAAAUUGGAGGCAACUGUUAGCAGACAUGAAGAUAUGACCUUAAAUUUUUUGGGCCAUCUUUCAGAGGGCACAAUAUGUGACGAUAGGAGUGGCAAAUCAAUGGCAAUCGAUUUGUGUAACAAUACGGCACUCGAUCUCAGAAAUAUGACAUCACUUUCAAGGGAUGAUUUGCACCAAAUAUUGUUAAAACAAUCUGAAGAUAAGCAUAAAUCUGAACGAGAAUAUGAUGUUAUGAGAGAAACUUUGGAACAACAGGUUAGGAAAGAGUUGAUAUACAGGGAAGAGAUGGCAAAACAAUUGCAUUUAGUAAGAGAAUCGCUUUGCCAAGAGUUAGAGCCACAAGAUUGGAGAUCCCGGCUCUCAGUUCAUCACAAACUUCAAUAG